AUGAUCUCAAAGCUACUGACAAAUACCGACAUUGAGAAGAGCUUGCUGGUCCCUGCUUCUUCUCUCAGUGUUCUCCCAUUCGAAGAAGGUCAUUUUUUUUAUAUCAAUGUAAUUGAUAAGAUUGGAGAAGGUUGGUCUUUUCCAUGCUUCAUUCAGCAAAGUGAGGGCAUCGAAUCAUCUGUUGUAUCAGUUGGUUGGCUCAAAUUUCUUUGCGAUAGAGAUGUUAGAGUUGGUGAUAUGGUUUUUCUUCACCAGGAAUCCAUGGACGACGACUCUAAGGGUACGGGCGCUCAGUUGAAAAUUGAAGUGAAAAGGAAAAUCAGAUUGCUCGGCGAGGAUAUCUGGGCUGCUGUGGAGUAA